AUGAGCGACAACGCACCUUUUAGCGCUCAUAACACUGACCUGACCGAGCUAAAUGCUUCUGGAAGCGACAAAAAUCUGGCUGAGCACGGCGAUGAACCAGGCUACUGGUAUAGUUUGAAUGAUGGGAUAUAUCUGCUAAUGAAGAUACGUGAAAAACGCUUAAAUUAUAGAAUGAACGACGGCGAGAAUUUUCCACUAAAAGAUCUGCAAGAAUACUCCCCUACAAGAGAAAACGCAAAUAAGAUACUUCUAACCGAUCCAUUUUCGAUAGAGCAAUUUAAUAAUAUUUCCUUUAUCGACGAUAUAAAGACUAUCGCUGGAAAACAUGACCGCGAUGAAGAUGGAAAUGACAUAACGGCUAGAAAUAACCGAUGGUCAAAUAUUCCGCAAUUAAUAAUCAUACCAAUAAUCAUUAAGAAUCAUUGGAUCAGUUUCCGAAUCCGAAUCGACGAUAAUAAUGGUGCCGACAUUUUAUACAGCGACCCAUUUGGAAAUACUGAUUUAAUCAAAAACCUGAAAAAGAAUCGUCAAACACGGAAUAAAAUUACUGAGGCAUUGAAUUUACUUUGCGGUAAAAAUAUUAAGCUUACGGAGAGUUCUAAAUCAUUUAAUCAACAAGGUAACAAUGGCUCGAAUUGUGGACCUAUUACUUUUACGAAUAUUCGUGAUUACAUGAAAAUCGAAAUUCCAAAUUCAGAUUUACAAUCCGACGAGAAAUAUUCCAUUCGUGAGUUUUCUAAAACAGGAAGUUCAUCUAUUAAAAAAAAAAAGGAGAAUGACAUAAAAAUUUAUACAGAAAUGAUAAAGAAAUAUGGUAAGCUUGAAACAAAAAAUGAUAUGCAGCCUUCCAUUGAGAAAAGUAACUCGUCAACCAGUGAAUACGAGAAGAAAGAAAAAACCCAAUCAGAUAGAUCAGCUAAAAUUCCUAAUCCAGAAAAGGCUAAAGAAAUAUUUGAGACUCUGAACGCACAAAAUUCAAUUACCUCUCCGAAGAUGUUGCAAGAUCUGAAAGAUUUACUAACCUACGUAAUGACGCUAAGUAAAAGCGCUGCCACUAUAACUAAACCGAUUCGCCAGUCGUUUAAAGAAGCACCUAGUGAUUCUAAUGAAAUUGAUGAGCGUUUAAAUAUCAUAUCAAGUUCUAAACCAUCUAAAGGUUUAAAAAGGACUUUUCACGGUACCAUAUAUCAGAUAGCCUUGAUCGCAUUGAUAGCUGUUCGUGCUAAUGCAAAGAGAGAUCAAUUUGCUUUAGCAAGCGAAGCAGAAGGAUAUGAUAAAUUUGAUGACUUAGUUGUUUACACUAGCACAAGUGUAAUUUACAUUCAAGUCAAGCAUCGAUUGGAUCAUACAUACAAAGAAAAAGAUUUUUAUUCAAUAAAUCAAUCAGAAGCCAAGAAGUGUCCUUUAUUGUGGUUGUAUUUUGAUUACUGGCUGAGGAUAAAAAAUUCUGAUGAUUAUAUGAAGAAUUGCAAAAAUAAAACUCAUCAAUUUGUAUUUUUUUCGAAUUGUAAAGUUGAAAUUCCCAGUUACUUGUACGAAAAAGCAACCAUAUCUCCAGGCUAUUUAUUUGAAGGUCUUGAAGGACGUAGCUUCAGAUUUAAAAAAUUACCUAAAGAUAGCGAUUUUGUUAAAUGUAUAUUCACUCACGUAAAGAAGCAAGCUAAUAAGCUAGAAGAAUUGUUAGAUGCUGCCGAUAAAACUAAAGCGAAAGAAAACCUUACAAAGUCUUUGAAUCAUGCAUGUUGCAUAUUAAGGAAUGUUAUAAAUGACCUACAAAAGGCGAGGAAUCACUUUUACGAACAAAACAGCCAUCAUUAUAUUUUGAUAUCGGACAUGGCCAUAAUUACAUCAAAAGAUCCGAUGCGAAGUAAGUUUAGAGAAAAAAUGAAAAAAGGUCAAAGAAUUUUAUUUGAUGAACGUAGUAGAGAAAUAGAAGACAAAAUUAACAAUAUUAUGCUAAGGCAAAUCUAUCAGUUUUUCGAAGAAUUCAUAGUAAAACUUGAUCAACCUGAUACCUCACAAUUAGAACGUUUGACCUACAACGAGGUUAGAUCUAAGACCGAGCUAGCCGCUACAGAAGUUUAUAGUACCUUACGAGCAUGCAUGAUUGACUGGCUAGCGGAUAAUAAAGUCUGCUGGCUGCAAUCGGAUGAAUUUGAUAAAAUUGUGAAAGCCUCCAAAAAUGAAGAAAGUCGCUUUUAUUUACUAAAACACACAGAAACAUUUAAGACUGAAUAUCAUGAACUGAUCCAAGAUCAUAAAGUAAGCAUUCAAGAGAUCAAAAUCGAAGCUUUAGAAAAAUUUUUAAUUGAUACCGAUCAUAAAAAUUUAGUCAUGUUGCUUUAUGGCGUUGGCAUCCAACUAAGAAUAUAUCAAACGUUAUCCAAUUUAGCAAUAAAUAUACAAUUGACGAAUGGUCAUUCUUAG